CCUCUUUCCUCUCCCACCCGCCCCAGCCCGCCUUCCAAUGGGCUGCUGGACGUGCCCAAACCCUGCAUCUCCUCCUGCGUCUCGCGUUGGUGUGCGUCGUCUCCUCAGCAGAAGAGCCUGCGUCCCCCAGCGGCAGCCGACCAGCCCUCUCCCGCCGCCGGGGAGGAAGGCAGGGCAGGAGCCGGGCGAGCGAGCGAGCGAGCGAAGAAGCCCAGCCGAGAGGUGGCAGAAGGAUUUGGGCGGGCGCACGGAGGGGCUCUCGCUUACUGCAUCCAGCCGCCGCCGCCGCCGUUUCCCCCCUUUUGGCCGGUUUGUGCGCGCCACUCUGCGCGCGCUGUGUGGCGCGGCGUGGUGUCUGCUUGCAGCGGCGGCGGCGGCGGCGGCAACGGAGAAGCACGGCAGCGGCGGGAGGGCUCCGGGGGAAUGCGGCACUAGCGUCCCCAGCCUUGUGGAAGAGCCGAGAACCCCCCUCCCGCCCCAAUUGUUUCCCCCGCAGCCCUCGUCGCGUUUACGCGUCGCCUCCGGAACCUGCACGGGAGCAGGGAGGCAAGCGCGCGCCCUCGCCCAGCCUGGCUGCGGCUGAGUGAGGGGCUGAGGAGGCGCCCUCGCCCGCCGCUUGUGGACUUGGGGGUGGGGUGGGUGGGAAACGGGGGUGGCGGGCAGCGGCUCCGUCGCCACGGCUGCUGCUUAGUGGUUCCAUUUGGCCGCCCCGAGGAAGGAGCCGGCGCCAUUGCCAGGAGGAUUAGAGCCGGGGGGGCCGCAGCGUGCGCGCCCCUUCCUCCCUGCCGGGGCCAUUGCCUGGCAGAGGGCAGCGGGCGCCCUCGUGCUUGUGCCCCCCUGACCUCUCCCGCAGGAUGCCUGCCUUGCCCCGGCGGCCCAGCGCGGCCACCACCUCUGCCUUGCUCCUCCUGCUGCUGCUGCUCCUGCAGCCGCCGCCGCCGCUGGUCUCCUCGGCUUGGUCGCGAAGCAACUCCCGGGCGCCGGCGGGGUCGCUGCCCAACGCCGCCGCCACGACCCCCAUCGCCAUCAUGGGCUUGAUGCCGCUCAGCGACUCGGUGGAGAAGGGCAGGAUCGGCCGGGGGGUCCUGCCGGCCAUGCAACUGGCCAUGGAGCAGAUCCUCAACGAGUCCUUGCUCGACCCUUACUCGCUGGACCUGCGCUACUACGACACCGAGUGUGACAAUGCAAAGGGACUUAAAGCCUUCUACGAUGCAAUAAAAUAUGGACCUACACACCUAAUGGUUUUUGGUGGAGUAUGUACAACCGUAACAUCCAUCAUUGCUGAAUCCCUAAUAGGAUGGAAUUUGGUACAGCUUUCCUUCGCAGCAACGACACCAGAGUUAGCUGAUAAGAAAAAGUAUCCUUAUUUCUUCCGGACAGUGCCAUCCGAUAACGCUGUGAACCCUGCAAUUCUAAAGUUGCUCAAACACUACAAGUGGAAAAGGGUGGGGACCCUGACCCAAGACAUACAAAGAUUUUCUGAGGUACGGAAUGAUCUGACUGGUGUCCUGUAUGGGGAAGAUAUUGAAAUCUCAGACACAGAGAGUUUCUCUAAUGAUCCCUGCACAAGUGUCAAAAAACUCAAGGGAAACGAUGUCCGAAUUAUCCUUGGCCAGUUCAAUGAGGAAAUGGCGGCAAAAGUAUUCUGCUGUGCAUUUAAUGAAAAGAUGUUUGGCCCUAAAUAUCAGUGGAUCAUUCCUGGGUGGUAUCAGAGCCACUGGUGGGAAAAAGCUAUUCCAAAGCUUAACUCAUCUCACUGUCUCACCAUGAACCUUCUUGGCGCCAUGGAAGGGUACAUUGGAGUGGAUUUUGAACCUCUCAGUUCAAAACCGAUCAAAACCAUUUCAGGAAGGACACCACAGCAGUAUGAAGAGGAGUAUGAUCAAAGGCGAGGGAAUGUUGAGCCAAGUAAGUUCCAUGGCUUUGCUUAUGAUGGAAUUUGGGUAAUUGCCAAAACACUUCAGCAAGCAAUGAAGAUUCUCAAUGCCACCAACAGAAACCAAAAAAUUGAGGACUUUAACUACACCAACAAAGAACUUGGAAAAAUUUUCCUAGAUGCAAUGAAUCAGACCAGCUUCUUUGGUGUAACGGGUCAAGUUAUGUUCAGAAAUGGAGAGAGGAUGGGGACAAUCAAAUUUACACAGUUCCAAGACAAAAAGGAAGUGAAGGUGGGAGAAUAUAAUGCUAUACUUGAUUCACUGGAAAUGAUUAACAACACCAUCAAAUUCCACGGGAAAGAACCACCUAAGGACAGAACAAUCAUCCAAAAGCAACUUCGCAAGAUCUCCCUUCCUCUUUACAGUAUUCUUUCAGCACUCACGAUCCUGGGAAUGAUAAUGGCCAGUGCUUUUUUGUUCUUUAACAUCAAAAACCGGAAUCAGAAGUUGAUAAAGAUGUCCAGUCCCUACAUGAACAACCUCAUAAUUCUUGGAGGGAUGCUCUCCUAUGCAUCGAUAUUCCUUUUUGGCCUUGAUGGAUCUUUUGUCUCCGAAAAGACGUUUGAGACGCUUUGUACCGUCCGGACAUGGAUACUGACAGUGGGCUACACAACUGCAUUUGGAGCAAUGUUUGCAAAAACAUGGAGAGUCCAUGCAAUAUUCAAAAAUGUAAAAAUGAAGAAAAAGAUCAUUAAGGACCAAAAGCUUCUGGUAAUAGUUGGGGGAAUGCUGCUGAUAGACCUUUGCAUCUUGAUUUGCUGGCAAGUAGUUGAUCCCUUGAGGAGGACAGUGGAAAAUUACAACAUGGAGCCUGAUCCUGCAGGCCGAGAUAUUUCUAUUCUUCCCAUUUUGGAGCACUGUGAAAACACUCACAUGACCAUUUGGCUUGGCAUUGUUUAUGCCUACAAAGGCCUACUCAUGGUAAGUCUAAGGCUAUUUGGUUGCUUUUUGGCUUGGGAGACUCGAAAUGUGAGCAUUCCUGCUCUGAACGACAGUAAAUACAUUGGCAUGAGUGUUUACAAUGUGGGCAUCAUGUGCAUUAUUGGAGCUGCUGUUUCCUUUCUCACACGGGACCAGCCCAAUGUUCAAUUCUGCAUUGUGGCACUAGUCAUUAUAUUUUGUAGUACUAUUACGCUCUGCUUAGUCUUUGUUCCUAAGCUAAUCACACUGAGAACAAAUCCAGAUGCUGCCACCCGAAACAGAGGACUCCAGUUCACUCAGAACCAGAAGAAAGAUGACUCAAAAACAUCCACGUCAGUCACCAGUGUCAACCAGGCCAGCACAUCGAGGUUGGAAGGUCUACAGUCAGAAAACCACCAGCUGAGAAUGAAAAUAACAGAGUUGGACAAAGCUUUAGAAGAAGUCACUAUGCAGCUUCAAGACACCCCUGACAAGACAACAUAUAUUAAGCAAAACCACUAUCAGGAGCUCAAUGACAUCCUCAGUAUACGGAACUUUACAGAAAAUAAAGAUGGUGAAAAGGCUGUAUUGAAAAACCACCUUGAUCAAAACCCGCAAGCCCAGUGGAAUACGACAGAGCCCUCCAGAACGAGCAAAGACUUUACAGAAGAUAUCAAUUCCCCAGAACACAUACAGCGUCGACUCUCCUUACAACUGCCCAUUCUCCAUCAUGCCUAUUUGCCAUCAAUAGGAGGGGUCGAUGCCAGCUGUGCCAGUCCGUGCGUCAGCCCCAGCGCCAGCCCAAGGCACCGGCACGUGCCGCCAUCUUUCCGUGUGAUGGUCUCUGGCCUGUAGGAGGACCAGAGCUCCGUGAACUUGCUUUUGGUACUCAAUGGCUGGACCGAACGUCUUGUGUGAAACUCUUGCCUUCUACAUACUCUCUUACUCUUAGCACAGAGGAACUAGUUUUACGAGGCCAUCGUCAAGGGAAGACCAGCUCCACUGCUGUGGGAAAGCAUGUGAAGUGGAGAGGGUCACCCGGAGGUUUGAUCUGUAGCCUUACUUGUGGACGUUUUUAUUUCUUCCUGAGGAAAGUCACCAAACCCAUGUUUCUUCCCAGAUUUCUACAGAGGCCAGGGUGGCUGGGAAACAUAGACUCGACAAAGAACAAAGACAAAAGAACCCCGCUCAAGUGUCACUAAACUUUAUACGGCUGCUGAAAAAUGUGGAGCCACGUGCAAAAAGUUAAUUGCAUCAACUGAGAGUUAUAUUAA